GUAACAAUAUGGAUGUGAGCUCUCUUUUCGCCCUGAAGAAGACGAAGGGGAAGAAGUAGGAUCAUGUGGGUCCGAAGCCGGUGGGUGCUUCCGCCAGGGAGGAGCCCUCCCAAGCUGCUACUGGUGGAACCGGGGGCUCUAAGGCUGAUGAGGCCAUAAAAAAGAAAAGGACCGAGAAGGAGACCGCGCCCCCGUCGUGGUCGUCGAGGAUGAGGGGCAUGCCUCCGGCCCCAUUCCUCAGAAGCACUCCCACCAGGACUUCUUCGGCCGGGAGAAGCUAGAGGCAAUUGUGCCGAAGGGGGCCUCGAUCUUGGAGGGUAACCUGGUGCGUUCGGCACUAAUGAGCCAAAUGAUGCCAUCGGCUGACAGGCUGGCUCUCGCCCGGAUGAAUGAUGAGAGCCUCUAGUCGAGGAUCCUUCAGAAUAGCGCCUCCGCCUUCAUAGGACUGUGUGAAUAUCUCCGGAGGGUCGAUCAUAUGAUGGAGGCUAGGGGUGCUGCUGAGGGGGAAGCUGCUAGCCUGAGAAAGAAGCUGGCUGAUGCCGAGGAGUCUCUUCGCCUGGCCACCGAGAGCAUGGAAGAUCGAGUGCGGGUUACGAAGGCCGAAGGCAAGAAUGAGGGCCUGGCUGAGGCCGGGGAAGCAGCCGCCGAAGCCGCUCGUGUUGCCGCCGAGGAGGUUGAGAGGGCAAAGGCCGAGGAGGUGGCCAAGGCUGGGAAAGCUGCCGUGGAGGCAUUCAUGACCGGGGGCUGGAUGGCCGAGGACAAGGAAGACUGGGUGUCCUCGGUUGUGGAGAAGAAGGUAGAUGCAUGGGUCGGAGGUCCCGGCAAGAUGUGGCUGGCGGAAAGGAGUGACUCUUACUACCAGUGCGGGGAGUUCUUUACUCAACGCCUCAUUUACCGGAAGUUGGCCCAACACUUCAACGUGUCCCCGGUGGACUUCAAGCCGGAAGCCUAUGGCCUUCCCCCUCGGUAGCCAGACAUCAGGGUCCCCCUCCCUGAAGGCGAAGAGAGGCCAGUGCUAGAAGAUUCUGAGACCCUGAGGGAGUGUGGUCUCGUUGGUGACGAAGAUGAUGCCGAGGGCGGUGCCACUUCCAAAGCAGCUGAUGAAGGGACAACUCAAUAAUUUGUACUUUGUAGAGUUUUUGAACAAUCUUUGUAAGAACAUUCUGUAGCUUUCGGCUUCGGCCAUUGUUUUAAUUCAAACUCAUUACUCAUUACUCC